UCCUCCACGUCAGAAAAGUCUUCGUUUUCAUCGUACAUCCUCCGGCAGAUGGAGCGCUGCCAUUACAGAAAAAAGGGGAGAAAAGAUUUACAUGACAAACACGAAACAGUUUGCAGAAGAGUGGAAGUGGUGGUGGACUGACGACGGCGCUGCUCGGUCGGUGUUCUUCAACAUGAGCCUGAACGAGCAUUCACUACAAGCGCUGUCUUGGAGGAAGCUGUAUCUGAGUCGAGCCAAACUGAAGGCGUCCAGUCGAACGUCAGCCCUGUUGUCUGGAUUUGCUAUGGUUGCUAUGGUUGAAGUGCAGCUGGACAACAGUUACCCCUACCCCCCUGCCCUUCUCAUCGCCUUCAGUGCCUGCACCACUGUGCUUGUAGCCGUCCACCUGUUUGCUCUGAUGGUCAGCACCUGCAUCCUGCCAAAUAUUGAGGCUGUCAGCAACGUGCACAAUCUCAACUCUGUGAAGGAGUCUCCUCAUGAGCGGAUGCACCGGCACAUUGAACUGGCCUGGGCUUUUUCUACUGUCAUCGGUACUUUGCUCUUCCUGGCUGAGGUGGUUCUGCUCUGCUGGGUGAAAUUCCUACCUAUUAAGCCCAACAAGUCCAGCAACAACACAGUGUCGUCCGGGGUUGCUGCCGCCAUCACUUCGACCUCCAUCAUGGUUCCGUUUGGUUUGGUCUUCAUUGUCUUCGCCGUGCAUUUCUAUCGCUCCUUGGUCAGCCACAAGACGGACAGACAGUUUCAGGAGCUGGAGGAGCUGUCUAACCUCACAAAGCUUCAAAACGAGCUCGACAACAGAGGGGAGUCUUCCAUCUUGCAGUCACCAAGCUCCCAUUUCCCAUAGAUUUGAAGAACGUUUUCUGGUGGAACUUUUAACUUUUGGGGGGAUUUCUUCCCCACAACGUUGGCUUCAAACUUUCUACGCAAAUGAAGGAUAUGUGUGAAAUUUGCUUUUGUGAAGAGUUGUAUUUUUAGAGGACACGUUGGAUUAAAUGUGAACUCACAAAUUUGCUCUAAUGCAUGUCGUCCGGUCUUAAACUAAUGCAUAAUUUGAAUUGUGCCAGACAAUCUGUCUGUUGCCUGCUGCGUUUAUUUAUUUGUCAGUAAGCACUGGGUAUUUUGUGUAUAUUUACUUGUGUUUUUUGUGAGCCUCUGCUAUUAACCCGUCUCUACUACAGAGAAGUCCACAGUGUUUUGCUUCUCGUUCUUUGAGCUGUCUCACUAGUUGUGCCAAAUUUGCAGUAUUAUUUGAGUCAACUGCUGAUUAGUUGUGGCAUUGUUUUUUUUUCAUUAAAAUAAACACAUAAAAAAGCCCAAA